GGGCUGUUGUUGUUGUGUUCAAUCUCUCGCUCUGAGUUCCGGCUACAGUCUGUGUUAGUGGAGGAGAGAGAGAAAAGCCAGCUCAUCUCUGUGCUCACACUUUAUCCUGUUUUUCCCCCACGCCGUGUGUUUUUCCGCAUUACUCUGAUGUGUCUAUAGAAUCAAUAGGAGCUUGUUUUGUCUGAUAGUUGGAGUGCACUUCUCCGUGCAUCCCAGUCCACACAACAACGCCGCGGCUGACUGAAUGUCGGGACUUCACAGGCAAGGAGAGCAAACUAAACAAUUAAAUGUGUUGUUAAACUCCAACUGGAGCGAAGGUCUGCUCUUACACUGUCACUGCAGUGCGUUUUGAAUAGUUUAAAAGUAACUUGUCUUCUAACCUGGAACAAAAACUGGAGCUUGCGAGCUGGUUAAAUGUGACUCUUGCUCUGCUCUGUAUGUUUGUGGAUCUGUUUACGCAUUUGUGUAUAUAAUCCAGUGUAUUUCUGAUGUUUUUAUUACUAUUAUUAUUGUUGUUUUUGGUUUGUUUUUUUGUUUUUUUUUAAUGAUAACCUCGGUGUAAAUGGUGACGUGCACCUAUAUUGUCAACAAUCCUGCAAGGGUUAAAUUAAAGGGUUGCGCUUGGAGAAUAUUAUGGCGAAAGAGGGCGGGCGCUUAGGGUGUGGGCGGAGCUUCGGAGGUGCUGACGUGAUUCGCCUCUGAGAAUCUCAUUGGUCGAGGCAGAACUGGGCGUGCGCUUUCGCGACACAAAACGAGGUUUACUACACAAAUAAGUGAGGGAGCGUUCAGAGAGAGCCGGAGCAGCUCUCAUUCAGAUCAGGAACAGGCGUGUGUUUAUCUCAGCAGAUGUGUAAUGACUGAUGACUUGGAGUGAGGCUGCGCGCUGGCAGCACGAUCAACACGGCAUGGAGGUGGACUUAGUGAAGGCGUGUUUGCUCAGUGGUCGAGGAAGUGAUGAGAGAGGGAACAGUACUCGGGUUGGAUUAAUGCAUUUACAUCAUCCUGGUGUUAUGGCAGCGCCUGGGCUUCAUGCACACUGAGACACGGGUGUGUUAAAUUACAGGGCUGCACCUACACUACACCUGCCUUUCAGUGACUCCACACACUCGUGGAUUUGCCCGCUGAUGCCAACACCCCCGGACUGCCUGUAUGGCCGGAUCAUGAAGUUGUUGACGUUUUUUCUUUUGCUUCCAGAGAGCCUCAAAAGGACUAGAAAAAGUGGGAAGCAGCCGGGCAAGUUGCCAGCAUGCUAUGAAAUCGUGACUUUGUCCUUAAAGAAGAAGAUGGCUGCAGAGCUGUACCCUGCCAGCAUAAACACCAACCUACCGAACAGUAACAGCACGGCGGUGUCACCUGCCAACAAGAAGACCAUCGUCCAAGUGACCCAGACUGCAACCACGCCAACGGCCACCGCCGCACAGCAAAACAUCAACAAUAACAACGUCGAAACUGCCAGCUGGCAAUCCACUCAUCCCACACUUCGAGAGAGGAACGCUCUGAUGUUCAAUAACGAACUCAUGGCAGAUGUUCAUUUUAUUGUGGGUCGCCCUGGAGAGUCCCAGAAAGUUCCUGCGCACAAGUAUGUACUGGCGGUGGGGAGUUCUGUGUUCGGUGCUAUGUUUUACGGGGAUCUCGCUGAGGGCAAAUCUGAGAUUCAUAUCCCUGAUGUGGAGCCUGCUGCUUUUUUAAUCCUGUUAAAAUACCUGUAUAGCGAUGAGAUUGAACUGGAGGCGGACACAGUGCUGGCCACUCUGUAUGCUGCCAAGAAGUAUAUUGUGCCUGCGCUUGCCAAGGCCUGCGUCAACUUUUUGGAGACCAGCCUGGAGGCCAAGAACGCCUGCGUACUGCUGUCUCAGAGCCGGCUUUUUGAGGAGCCAGAGCUCACCCAGCGCUGCUGGGAAGUCAUUGAUGCCCAGGCUGAGCUGGCUCUCCGCUCAGAAGGCUUCUGUGAAAUUGACUUGCAGACCCUGGAGAUCAUCCUGAAGCGGGAGACACUCAACACCAGGGAGGCUGUGGUCUUCCAGGCUGUCCUGGAAUGGGCCGUGGCCGAAUGUAAACGACAAGGACUUGGGCCAACAGCUCGCAACAAGAGGUCGGUACUGGGCAAGAUCCUGUAUUUGGUGCGCAUCCCUACCAUGACCCUAGAGGAGUUUGCAGAUGGAGCGGCGCAGUCGGACGUGCUGACACUGGAAGAGACUCAUGACAUUUUUCUCUGGUACACAGCGGCCAAUAAGCCAACGUUGGACUUUCCUUUAGCGCAGAGGAAAGGACUGACGCCGCAGCGCUGCCACCGCUUCCAGUCCUCGGCUUACCGCAGCAACCAGUGGCGCUACCGUGGACGCUGUGACAGCAUCCAGUUUGCCGUGGACAAGCGAAUCUUCAUCGCUGGGCUCGGCCUGUAUGGCUCCAGUGGCGGAAAGGCUGAGUACAGUGUUAAGAUUGAACUGAAGCGCCAAGGAGUCAUCCUGGCCCAGAAUCUGACUAAGUUUGUUUCAGAUGGUUCCAGCAGCACCUUCUCAGUGUGGUUUGAGCACCCAGUUCAGGUGGAGCAAGAUGCUUUCUACACAGUCAGUGCUGUGCUGGAUGGGAAUGAGCUCAGCUACUUUGGGCAAGAGGGAAUGACAGAAGUGCAGUGUGGGAAAGUGACCUUUCAGUUUCAGUGCUCUUCAGACAGUACGAAUGGCACUGGUGUGCAGGGGGGUCAGAUCCCAGAGCUGGUCUUCUACGCAUGAAAGGUGUGAGGACAGCGAUACUGUAGUGCAUUCCGCCCACUGUAUUUAGAUGCAGUGAACACAUGGGGGAGUACAGGGUCCCGAGACACUUUUGCCUUCUUUUCAGUAUAGCAGUGGAGGACAAUCGAAUGACAGCCUGUUUAUAAAACAGACUCUUCUCUGACGAAGCUUGAGUGAAAGAAUGCUCCUCUGCUUUAUUUAUUGAGAAAAGUAUAUUUGAUUUAAUUAUUGCUGCUGCGGCAUGCAGACCUAUACAUAAAUAUAGAAAUAAAUAAAUCUAUAUAUAUAUAAACAAAA